AUGUCUGAUUCCAGAAACACUUUGACCGUUAUUCCAUGGAGAAAAAAGAAGUGUGUCUCUGAAAUGGGCAUGCUGAUGUUCAAGAUGUUUCAUAAGGAUGCUGUGCGUUACCAAAAAGGCGCGCAGCCCGACCUCCAAGCUCAUAAACGAGUGGACCGCGCGCUCCCCUACUCCGGGCCGCGAUAUAAGGCACAUGGUGGGCUUCUGGGUCCAGCUGCACUCUACCACCGCCGCUCGCCGCCACCGCACCAUGUUCUGCCUCUCAUCGCGCGUCUGCAUCCCCGGCGGGGUCCAAGCCUUCAGCUGCGUCUCCGCCUGCGGACCUCGGCCCGGCCGCUGCUGCAUCACGGCCGCCCCCUACCGCGGCAUCUCCUGCUACCGCGGCCUCACCGGGGGCUUGGCAGCCGAAGCGUCUGUGAGGGCUUCCGCGCCCGGUCCUGCGACCGCAGCUUCUGGUACCGCUCCGGCGGCGUGGCAGGCCCCAGCCCUCCGUGCAUCACCACCGUGUCAGUCAAUGAGAGCCUCCUCAAGCCCCUCAACCUGGAGAUCGACCCCAAUGCGCAGUGCGUCAAGCAAGAGGAGAAGGAGCAGAUCAAGUGUCUCAACAACAGGUUUGCUGCCUUCAUCGACAAGGUGCGCUGCCUGGAGCAGCAGAACAAGCUGCUAGAGACCAAGCUGCAGUUGCACCAGGGCCAUGAGUGCUGCGAGAGCAACCUGGAGGCUCUUCACGAGGGCUACAUCCAAACGCUGAGGCGGGAGGCUGAGCAUGUGGAGGCUGAUGGCACGAGGCUGGCCUCACAGUCCAACCACAUACUGGAGACACUGGAGGGCUACAAGAAGAAGUGUGAAGAGGAGGUGGCCCUCAUGGCCACUGCUGAGAAUGAAUUUGUGGCCCUGAAGAAGGAUGUGGAUUGCGCCUACCUCCUUAAGUCAGAGCUGGAGGCCAACGUGGAGGCCCUGACCCAGGAGACUGACUUCCUGCGGCAGAUGUAUGAGGAGGAGCUCCAAGUUCUCCACGCCCACAUCUCAGACACCUCGGUCAUCGUCAAGAUGGACAACAGCCGGGACCUGAACAUUGACGGCAUUGUGGCUGAGAUCCAGGCUCAGUAUGACGACACUGCCGGUCGCAGCCGGGCCGAGGCUGAGUCCUGGUACCGCAGCAAGUGUGAGGAGAUCAAGGCCACGGUGAUCCAGCAUGGGGAGACCCUGCACUGUCCCAAGGAGGAGAUCAACGAGCUGAACUGCAUGAUCCAGAGGCUGACGGCCAAGGUCAAGAAUGCCAAUUGCCAGAACGCCAAGCUGGAGGCUGCAGUGACCCAGGCUGAGCAGCAGGGUGAAGCGGCCCUUAACGAUUCCCACUGCAAGCUGGCAGAGCUGGAGGAGGCUCUGCAGAAGGCCAAGCAGGACAUGGCCUGCCUGCUCAAGGAGUACCAGGAGGUGAGGAACUCCAAGCUGGGCCUGGACAUUGAGAUCGCCACCUAG